UCUUCCAUCGCAAUUCGUGGAUAUGUGCAUUUGAGAGACACGGUUUUCAUCGCUCGCCAGUGUGCCAGUGGGUGUUGAUAGAUGCGACAAAAUGCGCGGCACAAGUCGAAACACAUUCAACUUGAACUUCCCGCUACGGCGUUUUUUGCUGCAAAGUGCAAGAGCAGCUCGCGGUAGCCCACCGCUCGGACAACGGCUGUGCGAUGCGGAGAAGGGCGGUAGUUACAGUGGCGGCAGUGGUGGUGGACACGGCAGCAGUUCCAAUGGGGGAGGAAAGCAUGAUAAGACUGGAUCAGGCCAUAGCAGUAACAAGCACAAUUCCGACGCAUCUUCGCAACAUUCAGCAAACUCACCGGGCAAUCUAGAGCGUGGGACAGCGAACUCGAAACUCACCCCUAGCAGCCACAAAUCGUCGCACAGUUUGCAUAGUAAGGGCGGAAGCUCUAGUACGGCAGCUGGAGGCAACGGUACAAAUGCGUCAUCCACCGCCGGAAAAGUCCCCGACGAGUGUCCGUUAUGCUAUGACGUGUUACCUGCAAGCGAUGAGUACUAUCCGCUACUGAACUGCAAACACUACGCAUGUCGAACAUGCCUGGAAAAUUAUCUAAUGAUCCAGAUCUCGGAAUCGCGGACGGAUAUCAGUUGUCCACAGUGUUCCGACUCGAUGCAUCCUACUGAUAUACAAACGCUGCUUAAGGCGUUCCCAACGGCCAUCACAAAGUAUGAGGAUUUUAUGGUCCGACGGGUGCUGCUGUCCGAUCCCGAUUCGCGCUGGUGUCCUGGACCCGACUGUACAUAUGCCGUCAUCGCUACCGGAUGUGCCUCCUGUCCAAGAAUAUGCUGUCAGCGGCCAGGAUGUGACGUUCAGUUUUGCUACCACUGCAAGGCGGAAUGGCAUCCCGAUCAAACGUGCGAUGCGGCCCGUGCUUCCCGCCAAAGCCCAACGCGCGCCCUGUCCGGUAGUAUUAGAAAAAAUUCACAACAUAAAGACGAAAUAAAACCUUGCCCAAGGUGUCAGGUACUUAUCGUGAAGAUGGACGAUGGUUCCUGCAAUCACAUGGUGUGCGCUAUCUGUGGUUCAGAGUUUUGUUGGCUGUGUAUGAAGGAGAUCAGCGAUCUUCACUAUCUUAGCCCGUCAGGAUGUACGUUCUGGGGGAAGAAACCAUGGUCACGAAAAAAGAAGUUACUGUGGCAGCUUGGAACACUGGUGGGUGCUCCACUUGGGAUUGCCCUCGUUGCAGGAAUUGCCGUACCAGCGAUGAUUAUCGGGAUUCCUGUGUGGGUCGGACGAAAGAUACAUACGCGUUACAAGUCAGCCGGCAAGCACAAACGCAAUUUUGCCGUUCUGGGUGGAGUGACGGCAUCGGUAAUUGUUUCGCCUGUUCUUGCCGGAUUAGCAGUUGCCAUCGGUGUGCCAAUAUUAUUGUUUUACGUGUACGGCGUUGUGCCUGUAUCGCUCUGCCGGGCAGGUUGUGGAGAGGGAACGAAAUUUGAAUUUGACGAGGAAGAAGACAACGGUUCCCGAAACCAUGAUGCUGCCAGCGUGGAUGCCGUUUCACGCAUCGGAGCUACCAGCAUUGGCGAGGUAAGCUUAAGUGUGGCCAGCGGUAGCCAUCUCGGCGUUUCUAGCCAACACUCAGCAUAUGGUGCAACGAACCCGUCCACAACAGCCCUUGCUGGCAGCAUUACAGGACACCGAUUGGAAGUGCAAGCCGAUGUGAGUACUUCCGAGACUGCGUCGGCGGUGACUUGCGUUAGUGAAAAGUCUGGCAACACGCUUAACGACACAGCCUCUACCAAAGCGCUGGCCGGGUCAAUACUGAGCUACAAGCAGCAGGCAGAGUCUAGUGCAUUCAGCGAAGAUGGUGCUUCCGAAAGGGUACGCUUCGACAACACCGUAUCGUUCGUUAUUGACAGUAAGAAAGAUUCCUGUGAUUUCUUGUACAGCAUCCCAUCGGAUCAGGACACUGCUGCAGAUAAGGCAAGCUUGGGUAGCGGACGGUCCUUCCGCAGCUCCGAACGCUCAUUCCGGGAUGACUUUGAUUCUACCAGUGUGUCUUCAGCGCAUAAGCGCAUCAACUUUGGCAAGCUGAUUCCCAAGCUAAACUCCAGCCAGCAUCGUAAUCUUUCGAUCGACAGUACAACCGGUUCGUACAACAUCCCGGAGAACGUCAGUCUGGAGCAGGAACUGGAGCAGGAGGAGACAGCCGCUGGCGGUCAGCAGCAGCAAGUUGUCUCACCAAACUCCUCGUCCUCCUCAGCUAUUACGGCGGCAUCAUUGCGCAACGCAACACAAUCCCAGGCAACUCAUCUAUCCGGAGCAUCUGCUCUACCGCAGAAGACUGUUUCACUGGAUCCGUCUCCCGAGUUCGCGGUACGCCAUGCAGUGAAAUCGUCUACCGUUCCAAGUGCAUCUGGCAGCAGCAGCAGUAGCAGGAGCAGUUGUUCAUCCAAUGAGGCAAUUAAUAGGGCAAUUUUAAUAGAAAAGCCAGCACUUUUGUCUUCCUUGAGUACAGUUGUUGGUGGCUACAAGGAGGCAGCCCAGAAUCAAAGGAACGAAUCGAAACCAUUACAAUCACUUGAAUCGUCUCCACUAUCGACAGGCUCCUUAAGUGAUGCUUCUUCUCAGGAGCAGCAACAGCAGCAGCAACAACCACCACCAGUAGUAGUACCCGGAGGGCCUCCAAAAUCACGCACCCACAUGCUGCGCAAUCUGUUCUUUUCCCUUCCGAAUGCAUCGGAAGCGUCGGCUGUAGCUACGGAGGUGACGAUUGAAUCUGGACAUGCUAGUAGCACGGGCGCACGUACAAAGACAGCCCCAUUGACUUCCCCGCUAUCGCCAUCGUCCUCCUCGUCUUCGUCCUCCACUUCUUCCGCUUCGUCGACGACACCCACGGGGCCGUCCUCGGGCACACUAUCAUAA